AUGCACCUCAAGCUGGCGAUACUGGGAUGCUUUCCCGCGAUUAUGGAGGCCUAUGGGGCUUGCAACGACUUCAUGGCUAGCAUACAUGCAGAGUCACCGACGUACAUCAUUCCUGUUCCGCCUACAGAUUUCGAUUCGCCGGAAGCUGCGGUCAACUUUUUGGGCUCGAUUCUUUCUGAUACGGCUGGUGCGGUCACGGGCACUGUCGGAAAUCAAAUUCAGUCUGCAAGUACGAAAAGCCACUCCCACGGUGCAGUCGAAGGCAACGCCCUGGCAACCUACCACCCCAAAGACGCCGAUGCCCUAAUCCUGACCGGCUUUUCAACUGGCUUGAUCGCCUUCGCGCCUCGCCUCAUCGCCAGCACACCCCUCUCGGCCCUUCUCCUCAAACCCCAAAAAUACCACACGCUCCAAGACCUCCUCUUCCUAACCCUCCCCACCGUCGAGUCCCGUCGGACCUUCUUCUACACCUCUCAUACGUUGGGAGACUACGACGAGGCAGUCCUGCAGCAUGGUUUUGACACGGAAGACGUAAUUCCUCUGAUGCAGGUGAUCACAGUCCUAUACGGGUACGGCCUCGCGGAAAACUUCACUGGCCCUGUGAUGGCUAUGGCCGGGAAGAGGUAUGGUGUCUUCUGCAAUGCUUUCCCGGUGCCGGAUUGA